AUGGCGAUGGCGUCUGUCUACUCUCCUCCUGGGUUUGAUUUUUCUAAUCAAGUUCGCAAUAAUUUCCUUGUAGACAGAGGCAUCCCCUUACCCAAAGCAACCAGCACCGGGACUACAAUUGUAGGGUGUUUGUUCAAGGAUGGAAUUGUGCUUGGUGCGGAUACUCGGGCGACUGAAGGUCCGAUCGUAGCGGACAAGAACUGUGAGAAGAUUCACUUCAUUACCGACUCCAUUCGUUGCUGUGGCGCCGGGACAGCAGCAGACACAGAAUUUACUACCGCUCUCAUUUCUUCCCAGAUGGAAUUGCAUGCCUUGACGACUGGCCGGAAGCCACGAGUGGUCACGGCCAUGACAAUGUUGAAACAGAUGCUCUUCAGAUAUCAAGGGAAUAUUGGUGCUGCUCUCGUCCUUGGUGGGGUUGAUGCAACUGGCCCUCAUCUUUUCACCAUUCAUCCGCAUGGUUCAACGGACAAGCUACCAUACGUGACUAUGGGCUCGGGUAGUCUUGCCGCAAUGGCUGUUUUCGAAAGUGGUUGGCGGCCAAACAUGGACCGUGAAGCAGCUCUUGAUUUAGUCACCAAGGCCAUCUCGGCGGGUAUUUUCAAUGAUUUAGGUUCUGGGUCGAACGUCGAUGCGUGCGUGAUUACUGCAUCGCAUACCGAGAUGCUCCGCAACUAUGUCAAACCAAAUGAGCGCGUACAGAAGGAGCGAAGCUAUGGUUUCCGAAGGGGCACCACCGCAUGGAAAUCGGAGGAGAUUCGCACUCUUGUCAUAAACGAAGAAAUAACCCAGACUGGCGAAGCAAUGGACACGAGCUAG